UUUAAAAUUGUUUGGCAGCUGAAUGAAACAGUUAAGUGCGGCAAGUGCGGUGAAGUGCGGUCACGAGGAGUUCCGCGUUACUCUCGUGAAAAAUGUCGAAUUUCCAAAAUGAAUAUAAAAGAAAACCGUCAGGUUUUGCGAACGUGGGCGAGCAACGCGUUUUUCGGGCGAUACAGCAUGAGAAGGAGCGUAAGAAACAAAGGGCUGCGAAGUUCGAUGGUAACCGUAACUUGAUGACAUCGGACGAAUCGAAUCGGAUAAGGAAUGAGGAAGUACCAGUAGCUAUCAAGCCCGAUCGUGCAACUAAAUUUUUGAAGUGGAAGCAGGAAAAAGAAAAGCGGAAGAGACUUGAGCAAACUAAGAAGAAACCAUUCGUGGUCGGUGUAGUACACCAUAAAAUAUAUUCCCCAGUUGUCAAAGAUUCAAACGAUUCAAAACCAAAACCGUGCUUACACCAAAUGAGACAUACUUAUAUACCUAAACUUGAUCCUGUCCCAAAGAGAAUUACUAAAGCGACAGAAAAGAGGUUGCAGAGUAAAGCAGCAGAAAAUAAAACAAAUACAAAAGUUCCGUUCAAAAUGCCAACAGCUAUCAACAAAGAUAAGGAAGAUAAGAAAUUGGAACAGUCCUUCAGUGUUAGCAGCGUUAAAGUUAAAUCGACUGAGGAAACGCCUGUACGUUUAUUCGGUCGAGUGACCAUGGAGACCAUGACACCUGUUCCAAGUAAAUCAUUUAAAUCUCCGACCGUAGAAAUUUCAAAUCUGAAUAGCAGUAUUACAAAUGAUGUAAUACAGCCAGAUGAUGCAUCAAUGAUAGAUGCGAAGAAUUAUCUUCAUUGCACUGAAGAUAGUUCUAUAGAAGCUGUUGCAUUGCACUUGUCGUCUGAUGAAAAGGAGACACUUAAUCGCGACAGCGGUGACGAUAAUAAUGAAAAGAAGACUAAUAACAGCAUUAUAAGUAAUAGGUUCUUGUCGGAUUCUCUCUGCGAGCCGGUCUUUUAUUCGCCUUACGUAGUUUCCAGCCGUGGGAAAGACAACGCAAGGAAGGAACAGCAACUGAAACGUGGUUUCAGUUUAGGUCGCUCACCGAAAGAUGAUAUUCCUACAAAAGAAACCGUCAUGCAGAAUUUGAAUAUUUCCAUCGAAGAUGAGGAACGUACGGCACAGUACUUCCAGUUCCUUUUGAACCGGGAAAUAGAGAGAUUGAACGAGUUAUGCGACAAGUGGGCGAAGAUUCAAAAUGAACCGGAGACCACGGAAGAUGGCCGAUACGAGAUAAAUCAGGCUAUUGGCCAAACGAAUUUGUUGAUGAAUAAAAAGUUCGAGAGAUUCAGGAGGCUGGUCGCGGAUUGCGAAACAGGCAAGGGAGAAAUGUUGGUCACGUGUAAAGACUUGCAAGGAUUUUGGGACAUGAUGUAUAUAGAGAUAGAAAAUUGCGACGAGAGGUUCGAGAAAUUAGAGAAGUUGCGUGCACUGGGAUGGGAACAGGUCGAAUCUCUUAUCAGGAAACCAGUUGUUAAGAAGAGGAACGUUGCGAAGAAGAAAGUUGCACCCACGAAAUCGAGUUCCCUCAGGAGUUUCUUGGCACGGAAAAGAAACAUGGCGAUUGAGACAAAGAAUGUCGAGUCGAUAGAAGCUGAGUCUAAACCAGAGAACAGCGGAAACAGAAGCAUCAACGACAAAUUUACGCGAAGAUCUUUGUCGACGAAUCCCAGCCCGGUGAAAUCUAUUAGCAAACGAUCGAGUUUAUUACGAAAGGUACAGCUGUCCGAAAAUUCAAAGAAGAUAAAGAGCCCAUUGAUGUUAAUGAAGAUCAGUCAAAUGUGUAAAACGCCAGUGGUCAUGCUGGACGACACGAUAUCGUAUAUUAAUUCUGAUCAAACGCCUGCGAAGAGUAUACUCAAGCAAUCGAAGAAUUCCGCUGAGACGGAAUCUCGAAAGCUACCAAACAAAGUUAACUUUGAUGAUCAAGUGAUAUUGAACGAUAUACCGGUUGAUGAAGAGACUCAGGUAAAAUUGAGUUUGGCAGCGGCGUUGACCAGAAUAGACAGCUUGAACCUCGACUCUCCGGAUGAAUUCGUUUUUAAAGCAGAAAGGAAACUCAAUUUCGAUGACAGCUUCGACGAACGUAGAGAUAACGACAUUACACCGAACAACACCUUAAGUAAAUCAAGUUCUGACCCAGAGGAAACAGAAAAACAGCCGCAAGAAUCGAAAAGAAACCGGAACACACCAAGGAGGGGCAUCAGAAGGCAAAACGCCGUCGAUACAGACGUUGAGAAAUUAGAUCGAACUGGGAUUUCCUCAGAUAAUAUAGAAGACACUACUUCGUUAUCGCACGCUCGUACCUCGGCGCCGUUUACAGAAAUUAAAGGCGAUGUAAAUGCAUUAGAACAAGAACAGAAUCUUGUGAGCGAGAAGGGCGAGACGAGUGAAAACGAUGGAAGUAUUCGGAUCCUGAGAAACAGAACCAUCGCGCCGUCCGAUACAACCAGUGCUCGAAAAUCGAAGAAAGUCAAUAUACAGGAGCCAGAGUCGAAAGAGAAUGAAAUACCUCAAAGGAAGAGGAGAAGUUCUGCUGCGAUUAACAGCAACAAAAAUGAAGAAGUUAACAAAGUUACUCCAACCGAUAACGGAUUAGGAGGUACCAAGAGGAGGUCUACGAGAAACGUGAAAUUCUCAGAGUCAGAGGACAAUAAUAUAAUGAAUAAACCAGCAUUACCGAUGACUCCCCACGUUAAAAGCAGUAGGAAAUCUAGCAGGAAGUCUCUAAGCGUGGAUAGCUCUCUGUCGUUGGAAAUACCUGGGAGACCUCCAGAACGAGUUCGAAGGUCUCAAACGAAAAGAUCAACAAACACACCGCAGAUUGACGCUUGAGCUUUUUAUCGAUGAUCAUGCAUGCGAACGAUUAAAGUUUUGUGUUGAAUGUUUUACCACUACGACUUGUUAUGCUCUUUUAUUUUUUAACUUUAAAAUAUUUGUAUUCCGAAUAUAUGUUCAAGAGUUAGCAUUUAAUGUUUCAGGCUAUAAUAUAGAUUUGUUAAACGAGAAACAGUGAAAUCUAUAUAAGCGGUUCCAAGACUGUACAGUAUAAUAUGUUAAUAACACCUUUCAGUGCGUUAUAGGCAUAUAUCUUUGUAAAAUUGAUAAGAAUGCAUUUUAUAAUAAAGAUCAAUAUUAGUAUAAA